GGGCAUGCGGACCUCGUGGAUCCUGCCGCCGCACCCGUCUGAAGCCGUUGAAGCUGGGCAGUGGCUAGUGCUUCUUGUUCGUGUCAGCGCUUCAGGGUCUCACUCAUGCAAGGUGGCUCGAGCGGGGUCGCGUUUCGGUUCCAGGCCUCGGCUUCCAGCCAGUUGGUCUUCGCCGGGAUACGUGCGGCUCAUGGGGUUUCAUGCGCAUGUGACUGCGAACAGCGUUGUCGUCCACAGUCAUGGUGGGCUCGCUAAGCCUCACUCGCAUGUGGGGGAGGAGCAUGGCGUGCCGGCAGAAGUGAAUGCUUCAGACUGUUGGCAUGAUCACGUCAUGCGAACGGCGGGGGGAAAUGGCUUGCGCAUCAGGCACCGCCAUGCUCAUCCAGACACGGAUCACGAGCACUCCGAAUCGGUUUUGGUGGCCGCUCCUGAAUACAUGAUGCUGGUUCCACUGCAACCGCGUGUGUGGCGGGCCCUUUUCCCAGCCUGGCAGAAAGAGCACCCGUGGUUGGAUAUCUGGCCAAUCGCAGAGAUCACGCCCAGCCACGCGGAGGCUCGUUUCAACUCCUCUGGUGUGGACGACGCUUGGCCAGGGCGCCCUCACAGUUGUAACGCACCUUGUCGCGUGGUUCUGGGGUCGGGGUCAUGACAGCGCGGGUUUCUGCAGCACUUCUUUGUGGGCGAUGCUUGGGAUGUCAGCGUGUCUAACGGUGUGCUGGCUCUCUAUAUGGAGGCAUAGCCCAAUCAACGUACUGAUGACCUUGGUAAACUACAUGCUGUACAUCAACGGUUGGGUGUUAUCCGUCCUCGUCAUUUAUAACGAGCUCGAGCCAACAUACAAAAUCCCAUCAGAGUUCGGAAUGGCUCCCGUCUUGGUCCCACCCCUCUACGUCACCUUCAGGACUCUGUUGUUCUUCCCGUCGGCAGCGCGGCGCACCCGCUUCUUGCUCGCCGCGCUCUCGAAUCGUUCCGUGCCCCUGGAAAUGAAUUUGCACGUUGUUGGCCCAGCGGCGACGAGAAAGUCGCACGGAUUCCUGGUCAUGCUGAACUCCUACGCCAUGGUGGUGACGCUGUGCUCCAAGGUCGUGGUGUUCCGCCUCACCGCCAUGGGGGUCGGUGAGGCGCUGGCGCACGUGGCGCACCUGCUCAGCACAGUCUGGGCAUCGCUGUUCGCCAUCCGAUGCCGGCAGCUGGCGCUGGAUUGUUACCAAGGCGCCCCGUGGGUUCUUUCGGUUCAUCCCCCUUCGAAGAAGCAGGAAGUAUUCUUUCUUGCUCGAGCUCCUCCACGUCCUCCUCCUCCCCUUCUCCCGCGGAGGCGCCGGCGUGGCCACAGCCUCCGGCAGCGCGGCGGUGGCAGACCGCGUGGGACGGCCAGACGCCGAGUGAGUCAACAACAGCCGCCCGCACGACACGGCAUAAAGGGGUGACACUUUGAGGGAUUCUUGAGUUGCUUCGGCCAUUUCGCGCACUUCACCGCCCCAACUGUUGUCAUCGUUGGAGGCCAGGUUUGAGUCCCCUGGCGAUCACGGGCGUGACCGCGGGGAGGGGGGGGGAGAGUAGGGGGCCGUUCA